GCGGUCUCAUCAGGUGCGACCAUGGAGGUCCUGGCCGAGCCGCGGUGGCCUCCGGGGUUGGCGGUGAUGAAGACAAUAGAUGACUUGCUGCGCUGUGGGAUUUGCUUUGAGUAUUUCAACAUUGCAGUGAUAAUCCCCCAGUGCUCUCACAACUAUUGUUCACUCUGUAUAAGAAAAUUUUUGUCGUAUAAAACUCAGUGCCCAACUUGUUGCGUGGCAGUGACGGAGCCAGACCUGAGAAAUAAUCGCCUCUUAGAUGAACUGGUAAAAAGCAUGAAUUUUGCACGGACUCGCCUGUUGCAGUUUGCUUUAGAGUCACCACCCAUAUCUCCUGUGUCUUCCACCUCAAAGAAGGUUGCUGUUAAAGUACAUAAUGCUGAAGCCACCCAACACCCUGUCAAACAGGGGAACAGAUUAAUGGAUAAGUUCCUAAUUAGAGAAACUGGUGGUUGUGUAUCCGAGUUGUUGGGAAAAGAAAAUGAGAGGAAAUUCAGCCCUCAAAAAGAGAUAAGCACCUCUGCUGAGAUUAAAGAGACAAGUCUCCUGGGAAAGACGGUACUUGGUCUCUCAGAUGCUAAUGGUCCUGUGACACCCUCUACAUCCACUAUGAAACCGGAUACUAAAGUGUCUUGUCCUGUUUGUGGGGUCAGCAUUCCAGAAAAUCACAUCAAUAAGCAUUUAGACAGUUGUUUAUCACGUGAAGAGAAGAAGGAGAGCCUUAGAAGUUCUGCUCACAAAAGGAAGCCAUUGCCCAAAACUGUAUAUAACUUGCUCUCUGAUCGAGAUUUAAAGAAAAAGCUGAAACAGCAUGGUUUAUCUAUUCAAGGAAACAAACAGCAGCUUAUUAAAAGGCAUCAGGAAUUUGUGCACAUGUAUAAUGCCCAGUGCGAUGCUUUGCAUCCUAAAUCAGCUGCUGAAAUUGUCCAAGAAAUUGAAAACAUGGAGAAAACCAGGAUGCGCCUUGAAGCAAGUAAACUCAAUGAAAAUUUAAUGUUUUUAAAAAAAAACAAAAAAAAAAAAAAAAUAGAGGAAAUUCACAGUAAAUAUCGUAAAAAACACCAGAAUGAAUUCCAGCUUCUGGUGGAUCAGGCCAAAAAAGGAUAUAAGAAAACUGGCAGAGUUUCAAAAGCUGCAGUAAUAAGAAAGGAUGAACCUGCAGAAACACUGCCGUCUGAGUAUAUGGCACAAGAAGAUAAUGUGAGCUUCCCAGAUACUGUCUCAGUAACAAACCACUCUCCUCAGUCCAAGCUGGACUCCCCAGGGUUGUCGGAGCCCGAGAGACCGGAUGAUUCUUCUAGUUGUACUGACAUUCUUCUCUCCUCAGAGUCAGAUUCAUGCAAUAGUUCCAGUUCGGACAUCAUAAGAGAUCUUCUGGAAGAAGAGGAAGCCUGGGAAGCAGCUCACAAAAAUGAUCCAAACAGAGAAGUAAGCCCACAGCAGAAUCGCCGCACUAGAGCCACUGAAUGUGUUGAGACUGAACCAAGAAACAAGCGGAAUAAGAAUUAAUAUGGGCUUUUGCCAGCUUUUCUGUAGUACAGUGACCUGAGUAUGAUAUUUUUAUUGCCAUGUGUAGUUUCAUAUUUAGCAAUAUCCAAGGAAGAUUUUUAAGUCUAAAUGCAAUAGUUAAUUUAUUUCCAUUCUUCUUUGCCUUCCUGAACAACAAAAACAAAAACAAACACAAGCAAAAAAAAAAAAAACAAAAAAAACACAAAAAAAACAUAAAAAAAAGAAAGAAAAGUUCUGAAAUGCCCCGUCUUGGUUAAUGGCUUCCUUCCAUUCCUCUGUGUUCUCCCCUGACGACACACUCACCAGCUUUGCACAGAGUAGACAUUACUUAGCAGGAGUGUUUGCCUUGGUUUGACUUCUCUAUUUCAAGACAUUUUUAGGUCGUUUUUUUUUUUUCAGUUUUUUCCAUUGGGGAACAAACCUCAGAAGCAGCUUCCUUUCCUCCUCUUGACAGUAACCAGCCUUCCGGUAAGAAUAUGCAUGCUUUUGUCAUACUCCACACACCCUUGGUGCCAGCCGCCAGCAGGUACUGCUUAGUACUCACGUUGGAUGCAUUUGUUAGACACCCCUGUGGUUACAUAUAGAGUAGGUUUAUAAUGGAAAAUCACAGUUAGCUUUUUGGUUUUUGAACAGCCAGGGAAGUUAGUAUUGUGGUUUAAGAGAACAGUCACAAUGACUCUGAAGCAUAUGUAUGUUCUUCUAAAGUGGCACUUAAAAAUUAUUGCUCUUAGUAUUUUUCCACUGGAGUCAGGCAGAUCUCCAACACUUUGAAUCCCAGCUGUUAAACAAACAAACAAACAAACAAACAAAAAAAGUGAAAUAAAUGGAUUUUAUCAAUGAA